GCAUGGCCUGCAAAUGAGGCUUUAGUAUUUCAAUUACAAGGAUUGCACUAACUAGGAGAAUAUAUAAAAGCAAGGUCUCUAAAAUAUGAACGUGUUUCAUUAUGGUCCAUCGAUUGCUCGUAAUACCAGAAUCUUAUUUUUUUCUCACUAAAUAGAUUCUACGUUCUGCCGACCUGUAGAUCUUCACAAACAAGGAAAGCCUCUAGUACAGUCGUUUUUAAUUGGAUACGAUGAGUUACAAUAUGAAUUUCAUAUCCCGUUUCACCAGAAGAUGUAAAGUUAUCGCAAUUGGAGUAUUUCUCAUUGGAUUUAGUGUCAUAUUAUUAAGGACCCGGGGACUGAAGAUUACAAUAAACGAAACAGUGGGUAGAAUACGGACCGAUGUAUCCCAUUUUAGAAUAAACAGCAUUGUCUCAGCUGACAGCUUCAAGAAAAUGGCAACCAUCAUUGAUCCGUACUCGCGUUACACUACAACUGAGAAAACUUCUCAAGAUAGCAAACAUACACUAUCCGCACAAUUAAAAUCACUUAUAGAGACCAAUAAAAAUAUCUACAGAAACGAUUUGAAAGAGAAACAAUUUAACUCGAAGGAUGAACAAGAGUUAAAUGAAUCAAUUGAACUUGAGAACAGUGAUGAUGCAGGGAUAUGUAUGAGUAUGAUAUCCGAAAGUAGAAUACAACAUGACGUCACGUACUUUGUGUUCCCAUUCAGUUAUGACCCACUGCCAAUAGAUGUCACUCUAUUAUCACAUCUUACACUUAACAGAGGUGUGCGUAGAAUCGAAAAGAUUCUUGCACACUGGCCUGGUCCUGCAAGUGUAUCUGUUAUUGGAACUGAUGACGAAGUUAAAAAAUUCCUGAAUACGAUACACUCUUGGAAACGAAACAAUGUUGGAAUACACGUAGUGUAUCAAAGAAAUACAACACGUUACCCAGUUAACUUCAUGAGAAAUGUUGCUCUCUAUGGCGCAAAUACUUCCCAUAUUUGGAUGGUUGAUGCGGAUUUUACUCCAAAUAAGGAUGCAUAUCAGCUUUUAAAGAAACACAUCCCUCGGUUCGACUGGACAACAACUCGACCGGCUUUGGUUACAGCAGCAUUAGAGACGAAAUUGAAUGUAGGGGGAGUGCCCGAGAAUAAGACAAAACUGUUGGAGAAGUUGUGGGAAAAUAAUAGGACAAUUGAGGCAUUCGGCUUAACCAGAUGCCCUCAUUGCCAUGUUAACACAGACUGGCACAAGUUUAUGACUGUCGCCGAAGUAUACAAGAUACAAGGAGGGGGAUAUUUUGAGCCUUAUGUUGUUGUACAAAGAAAGACAAGCCCUGCUUAUGAUGAACGUUUGAUAGCUAGGCAUAUGAACAAAAUACUAUAUGAUUACGAAUUAUAUGUUUUGAAGUAUGAAUUCUAUGUGUUACCAGAUGUAUACAUUGUUCAUGAACCACACAAACGGAUAAAUCAACCAAUGUCUGAAUGGAAGUGUAUGGAGAAAAUUGCAAAGCAAAUCUUCAGAGAGGUUGACAGGAAGAAAUCAUAGUACAUCAUGAAAUGGCCAAUGCUAUCUCAUUCAACUCGUAAGACUGUAAGACUAAAUCAUUACAAUUAUGUUGAUGGAAAUAUAGGCACACAAGGGACUGUAUAGGCUUGAAUAAAAAUGUCAUUUAAUGAGAUUUAAGAAGGCAUACUUAAAACACUGAGACUUCAAAAGUUUUAUUUGGUGGAAUAUUUUAAUUUCGUUGUAUACAUAGGUGCACGUAUACACUUAUUCCUGGGUCACAUUUGC